AUGCCACGUCGUCGUGGCUUCGGAUUAGCCUCAUUGAGAAAGGAUCUCCAUCUGCACAAUCUCUUCCGUUCAUCGCAAGCUGUUCCCCAAUCGCCGAGUAUUCCCGAGGUGACAUCGGUGUCUCGGGAAUCCUCACAAGAUCGUUUACAACGAAUUCGUCCAAAUUCCACUUUAUCUCAAUCGACGACAUUCAGUGGUGAGGGUGUUGGGCAUCUCGGUCCACCAUCAGGACAUCAUGGUGGUAGAAGGGAAUCAUUUCUGUAUCGACCAUCCGAAGAUACAAGAGAACUCGGCCCACGACCGGUCAGUCGAGCAAGCAGUGUGACAAGCAGUGAUCCAACACAAGGGUGGGUAUUU